AUGGAGCCGCGCAGCCGCUCUGGCAAGAGCAGAAGGUCCGCGAAGUUCCGGUCCAUCUCCCGGUCCCUGAUCCUCUGCCACGCCAAGACCGGUGACGACGGCUCCAGCCCCGACGAGAAGUGCCCUGACCCCUUUGAGACCUGCCUGGCCCCGGGCACGGAGGGAAUGUUCCACUCGCCCGUGCAGCUGGCGGACACGGCCGAGGCCGCGCCCGGAGGCAUCGCCGACCUCGCGCCGGCGCCGGCGGGGAGUGACCGGGGCAGGCCGGGCCGGCGGCUGCUCUUCGCGAAGGAAUCUUCCACAACUUCCUCCCGAGAAAAGUCUGGAAAACUGGAAGCGCCAAGUAGCACCUUCCUGUUUCCUAAGGCCUGCCACCAGAGGACACGCAGCAACUCCACCAGCGUGAAUCCCCACCGCGCGGGAGAGACGGACUUCCCAGCGACAGUGACAGCGGAGUGCGAGGCUGCCGCAGCCCGGCCGCCCUACUCGCUCUGCAGCGACAGGAAGUCCCUGUCGCAGCAGCUGGACUGCCCGGCGGGGAGGACUGCGGGCACCGCAAGACCCACACGGUCGCUGAGCACCGCGCAGCUCGUGCAGCCGUCCGGGGGCCUCCAGGCCUCGGUCAUCGCCAACAUCGUGCUCAUGAAGGGGCAGGCGAAGGGCCUGGGCUUCAGCAUCGUUGGGGGACAGGACAGCAUUUAUGGUCCCAUUGGGAUUUACGUCAAAACCAUCUUUGCAGGGGGAGCCGCGGCGGCCGACGGGAGGCUACAGGAAGGUGACGAAAUUCUGGAACUCAAUGGUGAAUCGAUGUCUGGACUAACACAUCAGGACGCUUUGCAGAAGUUCAAGCAAGCCAAGAAGGGGCUGCUCACCCUCACGGUGAGAACCCGCCUGACGUCGCCGCCCUCCCUGUGCAGCCACCUGUCUCCCCCGCUGUGCCGCUCUCUGAGCUCCAGCAGCUGCUUCGCCUUGGAGAGUCCCAUGGCUGCCGCAGGCGCCGCCAGGCCCAACUACAGGAUCAUGGUGGAGGUGUCCCUGCAGAAAGAGGCCGGCGUGGGCCUGGGCAUCGGCCUGUGCAGUGUCCCCUACGUCCAGUGCAUCUCGGGCAUCUUCGUGCACACGCUGUCCCCGGGCUCUGUGGCGCACCUGGACGGCCGACUCCGGUGUGGCGAUGAGAUUGUGGAAAUCAACGAUUCCCCUGUGCACUGCAUGACACUCAACGACGUCUAUGCGAUCCUGAGUCACUGUGACCCCGGUCCAGUCCCCAUCACCGUCAGCCGCCACCCAGACCCACAGGUCUCUGAACAGCAGCUCAAAGACGCCGUGGCCCAGGCUGUGGAGAACAUCAAGUUUGGGAAGGAGAGGCAUCAGUGGAGCCUGGAAGGUGUCAAAAGGCUGGAGAGCAGCUGGCACGGGCGGCCCACCCUGGAGAAGGAGCGAGAGAAGAACUCGGCGCCCCCACACCGCAGAGCCCAGAAGGUCAUGGUCCGCUCCAGCAGCGACAGCAGCUACGUGUCGGGGUCCCCGGGGGGCAGUCCUAGCAGUGGCAUCGCUGACCUGGACGGCAGCACCCAGGGCCCCAGCCCACCCCCAGGGCGGGAGCCAGGGCUGCUUCCCGCCACCGCCUCCCCCCGGCCCCCCCAGGAGAGCCCGCCCCUCCCUGGGAGCCGGCAGGGCCACCCGCCACUGCGACUGAAGAAAUCCUUCGAGAUUUUGGUGAGAAAGCCCACGUCCUCCAAGCCCAAGCCUCCGCCCAGAAAAUACUUCAAAAGCGACAGCGCCCCUCAGAAGAGUGUGGAAGAGAGAGAGAACUCUCUAUGCCCUUCUGGGCACACCCUGCCCACCUGCGGCCAGGAAGCCAGAGAGCUGCUGCCACUGCCGCUGCCACAGGAAGACACAGCGGGGACAGCCCCUCACGCCGCUGCAGGCUGUCCGGGACCGGUCAGCCCCCAGAGCGCGUCCUCCACGGAGGGCGAGGCAGGGCGCAGGAGAGCCGGCCCAGGGACCCACACGUCCCCAGGAAGACACCCCCUGCUCAGGAGGCAGGCUCGGAUGGACUGUAGCUUUGACGCCGCAGCCGAAGACCCCUGGAUUAGAAUUUCCGACUGCAUCAAAAACUUAUUUAGCCCCAUGAUGAGCGAGAACCAUGGCCACGUGCCGCUGCGGCCCAGCGGCAGCCUGGGUGAAGAAGAGGGGACGCGGGGCCACCCGGACGGGACCCCGCUGAAGCGCGACACGGCCAACGGUGCUCCCAAAGUUCACAAGCCGGCCGACGGCAGCGCUGGGAAGAAGGGGCCUCCUGUGGCCCCCAAGCCAGCCUGGUUUCGCCAAAGCCUGAAGGGUUUGAGGAGUCGCGCUCCGGACCCGCGCAGGCUGCCCGAGGCGGCGUCCUCCGCCCAGCCGACGCCCGCUCCCAGGGAGCCGCCAGGGCCGCGCGCGCCGGCCGGCUCCUCCAUCAGGCAGAGAAUCAGUUCCUUCGAGACCUUCGGCUCCUCUCAGCUGCCGGACAAAGGAGCCCAGAGGCACAGCCUCCAGCCCGGCCCGGGGGAGGCAGCGACGGCUCCUGGCAGGCAGGAGGGAGGGCGGUUUUCUGGCUUCCCGGGGCGGGGGGCCGCCCCCACUCCUGAGCGCCCGCAGCCUGAGCGGGAGCCGCUGCCCCCGGGGUCCCCUGCAGCCUCGGAGGCCGGAGACCCGGGUGUGCCUGGGUCCCCUCCCCCAGGGCCGCAGCCCAGCCAGAAAGCCCUGCCCGGUGGCCCGGGCCCCGACCCCCUCUUGAGGCUGCUGUCAGCACCGCUGGAGGACGCCCGCGCCCCCGUCCUCAAGAUGGCCAGCCAGCGCGCACGGAGCUUCCCCCUGACCCGGGCCCACUCCUGCGAGACGCGGCCCCUGGACGAGGAGACCAGCAAACUCUACUCCAUCAGCAGCCGCGUGUCGUCCGCCGUCAUGAAGUCCCUGCUGUGCCUUCCCUCCGCCGUCUCCUGCGGCCAGACGCCCUGCGGGCCCAGGGAGGGCGCGUCUCCCUCGCCCCCGUCCCACGAGGACCCCACUGCAAACGGCUCCGCUGAAACCGUGGCCUCGGACACAGGCUUCUCGCUCAACCUCUCCGAGCUGAGGGAGUACACGGAGGGGCUCACUGAGCCCAAGGAAGCCGAUGGCGGGGACCCCUGCCCCCCGCAGCCCAGCCAGUCGGUCAUCUCCCUGCUGAGCUCCCAGGAACUGAAAAAACUUAUCGAGGAGGUGAAGGUUCUGGACGAGGCAACAUUAAAGCAGUUGGACAGCAUCCACGUCACCGUCUUGCACAAGGAGGAGGGUGCCGGCCUCGGGUUCAGCUUGGCAGGAGGCGCGGACCUGGAAAACAAGGUGAUCACGGUUCACAGGGUGUUUCCAGGUGGCUUGGCCUCGCAGGAAGGGACCAUCCAGAAGGGCAACGAGGUGCUUUCCAUCAACGGCAAGUCCCUCAAAGGGACCACGCACAACGACGCCCUGGCCAUCCUUCGGCAAGCCCGGGACCCGAGGCAAGCUGUGAUUGUCACGAGGAAGCCGGCCCCGGAGGCCACGCCGGACCUGAACUGCUCCACUGAGUCUGCGGCCUCGGCCUCCGCAGCCAGCGAUGUGUCUGUAGAGUCUACAGCAGAGGCCACAGUCUGCACGGUGACCCUGGAGAAGACGUCUGCGGGGCUGGGCUUCAGCCUGGAAGGAGGGAAGGGCUCCCUGCACGGGGACAAGCCCCUGACCGUGAACAGGAUUUUCAAAGGGGCAGCCUCGGAACAGAAGGAGACGGUCCAGCCAGGAGACGAAAUCCUGCACGUGGCUGGCACCGCCACGCAGGGCCUCACCCGGUUUGAAGCCUGGAACAUCAUCAAGGGAUUGCCUGAUGGGCCCGUCACACUUGUCAUCAGGAGGACGGGCCUCCAGUCCAAGGGGACCACGGCCGCUGGAGACCUCUAGGCAGGACACCAGAAGCCAAAGCCAACAGCACGCAUCUCCCGUCACUGCGGGUUCUCAGGGUCUCGCCCACCCCACCCAGGGGGGCAAGCAAGGGCGCUUCCCUGUGGCUGCUGCCCAGGCCAGGCCUUCUGGGACACCACCCAGCAAGAGGGUUGUCCCAAAAGUGAGGGCAGAGUCACGCUGGGGUGGCCGACACAAACUGUAGACUAUGUACAGAGAGGGCUUGAUGAAAAUACUGUGGCACCAUUAAUAAAAUGGACGUGUAGCGAUUUGA